CAUGGAGGCCAUCAAGAAGAAGAUGCAGAUGCUCAAGCUGGACAAGGAGAAUGCCUUGGACCGAGCGGAGCAGGCCGAGUCCGAGCAAAAGCAAGCCGAGGAGAGGAGCAAGCAGCUGGAAGAUGAAUUGGCGGCCAUGCAGAAGAAACUGAAGGGAACAGAAGAUGAGCUGGAUAAAUAUUCAGAGGCUCUCAAAGAUGCACAAGAAAAACUAGAGCUGGCAGAGAAAAAGGCAGCUGAUGCGUAA